UCUUUGGUGUGAUCAUCACGCAAUGGCAGACUCCGAGGCCGUCCAGGUUCUGGUGUCGCUACUCGCCGAUGAUUCUUCCAUCGUUAGAGCGGCCUCCAUGGCCUCUCUCAAAGACAUUGCUUCAUUGAACCCACUCCUAGUUCUUGAGUGCUGCGCGGCGGAAUCCCGAGGAGGACGUAGGCGAUUCGGAAACAUGGCGGAAAUUUUUCAAGUGAUGGCAUACGGAGUUCGAGCGCUCGACAGAAAAGAAGUUGAUAAGUCUUUUAUGGCAAAGCUAUCGAAGAUUGCUACCUCUGAGAUUAUACCCUCUAAGGAACUCAAUUCUGAUUGGCUACAAGCAGCAACGAGCCUACUUGUUGCAAUAGGCUCACAUAUACCUGACCUAAUGAUGGAAGAGAUUUAUCUUCAUCUAUUAGGGCCAACUUCAGCAUUACCAGCUAUGGUCCAAAUCCUUGCAGAAUUUGCUUCUUCUGAUCCAAUGCAGUUCAUUCCCCGUUGGAAAGGUGUUCUUUCUCAAAUUCUACCAAUUCUUGGAAAUGUGCGAGAUGCACACCGGCCAAUUUUUGCGAAUGCAUUCAAGUGUUGGUGUCAAGCGGCUUGCCAAUGGAGUAUGGAUUGCCCUACACAUUCCUCCCUUGAUGGUGAUGUCAUGUCCUUUCUGAAUUCUGCUUUUGAGCUCUUGUUGAGGGUUUGGACUGCUUCACGUGAUCUAAAGGUUCGGGUAGCAUCAGUGGAAGCCUUAGGUCAGAUGGUUGGUCUUAUAACACGAACCCAAUUGAAGGCAGCUUUACCAAGGCUCAUUCCUACAAUGUUGGAUUUGUAUAAGAAGAAUCAAGAUAUCGCUUUUUUAGCCACAUGUAGUAUCCACAACCUCUUAAAUGCAUCUUUACUAUCAGAAAGUGGUCCUCCUUUGCUUGAUUUUGAGGACCUAACAAUGAUUCUGUCAACCCUUCUUCACGUGGUUUGUAUUAAUUAUAAUAGCGAAGAAAAAACAGAUUUCUCAGUGGGAUUGAAGAUGUAUAAUGAGGUGCAACAUUGCUUUCUGACGGUUGGCUUAGUGUAUCCAGAUGAUUUGUCUAUGUUCCUUGUAAAUAAAUGCAGGUUGAGGGAAGAACCUUUGACCUUUGGUGCACUUUGUGUUUUGAAGCAUCUUUUGCCAAGGUUGUCUGAAGCUUGGCAUGUUAAAAGGCCUCUUCUAGUUGAAGCUGUAAAGUUUUUAUUAGAUGAGCAGAAUUUAGGUGUGAAAAUGGCACUUUCAGAGUUAAUUGUGGUCAUGGCCUCACACUUUUACUUGGUUGGCACUUAUGGAGAGCUGUUCGUUGAAUACCUUGUACGCAAUUGUGCUUUAACAAAUCAAAAUCAAAGUAAUACUGAGAAUAGUGCAAAUAAGAGAGUAGAGAUGAAAAUUGGCGCUGUUACACUGGAAGAGUUAAGAGCAAUUUGUGAGAAAGGUCUCCUUUUAGUGACUAUCACAAUUCCCGAAAUGGAGAACAUUCUUUGGCCUUUUCUGUUGAAGAUGAUCAUUCCACGGGCCUACACUGGUGCAGUUGCUGUGGUUUGCAGAUGCAUCUCAGAUUUGUGGCGGCAUCGAUCUUAUGGAAAUCAUAUGUUGAGUCUGUGUAAAACCCGUGUUGAUAUACCAAAUGUUGAGGAUCUUUUUGCUCGUUUGGUGGUGCUUUUGCAUGAUCCUUUGGCUAGGGAUCAGCUGGCUACCCAUAUUUUGACAGUUCUUUGUCAUCUGGCACCUUUGUUUCCAAAAAAUAUCACCUUGUUUUGGCAAGAUGAGAUUCCAAAGAUGAAGUCAUAUGUCAGCGAUACUGAGGACUUGAAACAGGAUCCAUCUUAUCAAGACACUUGGGAUGACAUGAUAAUUAAUUUUCUUGCUGAAUCUUUGGAUGUGAUUCGAGAUGCAGAUUGGAUAAUGUCUCUUGGAAAUGUUUUUACCAAACAUUAUGAGCUCUAUGCACCUGACGAUGAACAUUCUGCACUUCUUCACCGUUGCUUGGGGAUGCUGCUUCAGAAGACUACUGACAGAGCUUACGUCUACAAUAAAAUAGAUUGGAUGUAUAAGCAAGCAAACAUUGCAAUUCCAACAAAUAGGCUUGGCUUGGCAAAAGCAAUGGGAUUGGUUGCUGCAUCCCACUUGGAUACGGUGUUGGAGAAGCUUAAGGAUAUUCUGGAUAAUGUUGGACAAAGUAUAUUCCAGAGGAUUAUGUCAUUCUUCUCUGAUAGUUUUCGAACAGAAGAGUCUGACAAUAUUCACGCUGCUUUGGCUUUAAUGUAUGGGUAUGCUGCAAAGUAUGCUCCAUCAACAGUUAUCGAAGCCAGAAUAAAUGCUCUUGUUGGGACCAACAUGCUUUCACGGCUUCUUAAUGUGCGACACCCCAGAGCAAGGAAGGCUGUCAUCACAGCAAUUGAUUUACUAGGUAAUGCUGUCAUUAAGGCCGCUGAAAGCGGUGCAUCAUUCCCUUUGAAACGAAGGGAUCAAUUGCUUGAUUAUAUAUUAACUUUAAUGGGCCGAGAUGACAGUGACGGAUAUGUUGAUUACUAUGAACUCUUGCGCACUCAGGCACUUGCUAUAAGCGCUUGCACUACAUUGGUCUCAGUGGAGCCAAAACUAACAGUUGAAACUAGAAACCAUGUAAUGAAGGCCACAUUAGGGUUCUUUGCUAUACCGAAUGAUCCAGUAGAUGUUGUUAAUCAUCUUAUAAACAACCUGAUCACUCUCUUAUGUGGAAUUCUUCUCAAUAGUGGAGAGGACGGAAGAAGUCGGGCGGAGCUAUUACUAUAUAUCUUGAGGCAAAUUGAUCAAUUUGUUUCUUCCUCCAUCGAGUACCAGAGAAAACGAGGUUGUCUUGCAGUCCAUGAGAUGCUUCUCACGUUUCAGAUGGUUUGUGUUAGUGGGUAUCGUGCCCUGGGCUGCCAUGCAAUUUGCGCUCAUAACAAGCAAAUUGAUCGGACUCUAUAUGGGAAUUUUUUAAAGCUACCAUCUGCAUUUGUAUUGCCAAGUCGUGAAGCUAUGUGUGUGGGAGAUAGGGUAAUAAUGUAUCUUCCUCGUUGUCUUGAUACAAAUCCUGAAGUUAGAAAGACAUCUGCUCAAAUUCUUGAUCAACUCUUUAGCAUUUCUCUCUCACUUCCAAAGCCUGCAGCUUCUGGUACAUCUCCUGAAGAUAAAGAAUUGUCCUACAGUGCUUUGUCUUCUCUCGAGGAUGUCAUAGCCAUAUUGAGGAAUGAUACUUCUAUCGAUCCAUCAGAAGUUUUCAACCGGAUUGUGUCCUCUCUCUGCAUUUUGUUGACGAAGGACGAGUUGUCAACUACUCUGCAUGGCUGUUCUGUAGCUGUCUGUGAUCAAGUCAAGCAGUCUGCUGAAGGGGCUAUUCAAGCUAUUAUUGAGUUUGUUACAAAAAGAGUGAAUGAGCUGAGUGACAUUGAUAUCUCAAGGACAACUCAAUCAUUAAUAUCUGCCUCUGUUCAUGUAACUGAUAAGCAUCUGCGCAUGGAAACUCUUGGCGCUAUUUCUUCUUUGGCUGAAAAAGCUAGUGCAAAGAUUGUUUUUCAUGAAGUCCUGGCUACUGCUGGAAGGGACAUAAUGACAAAGGAUAUAUCUAGGUUGCGUGGAGGCUGGCCAAUGCAAGAUGCAUUCCACGUGUUUUCUCAGCACAUAGUGCUAUCAAUUUUGUUCUUAGAACAUGUGAUAUCUGUCCUUAGCCAGACCCCUAUCCUGAAAGGUGAUGUAGAUAGAGCUGAGGAUAGCCGUGUUUUUGACAAUCAGACAGAGGAUGGAAUGCUGCAAGCUGCAAUUUUUGCCCUUACGGCAUUCUUCAGAGGUGGGGGGAAAGUUGGAAAAAGGGCCGUUGAACUACAUUAUUCUUCUGUUCUUUCUGAGCUUACACUGCAACUUGGAAGCUGUCAUGCUCUAGCUAACUCUGGUCUACAUGAACCAUUGCGGGAUCUUUUAACUGCAUUUCAAGCAUUCUGUGAAUGUGUUGGUGACCUUGAGAUGGGAAAGAUUUUGGCCAGAGAUGGACAACUUUCUGAAAAUGAAAGGUGGAUUAGUCUAAUUGGAGAAAUAGCAGGCUGCAUAUCUAUAAAGAGACCCAAAGAGGUACAAAGUAUUUGUAAUUCUCUGACAAAAUCAGUAGAUAGAACCCAUAAAUACCAGCGGGAAGCUGCUGCUGCAGCACUGUCAGAGUUUGUCCGCUACAGUGGGGGACACGGUUCACUACUGGAGCAAAUGGUUGAGGUUUUAUGUCGUCAUGUAUCGGAUGACUCUUCAAAUGUUCGACGCCUAUGUUUGAGAGGGCUUGUACAGAUUCCAUCCAUUCAUAUUCUGAAGUAUACAGCUCAAGUGUUGGGUGUCAUAUUAGCUUUGCUGGAUGAUUGUGAUGAAUCUGUGCAGUUAACUGCAGUAUCAUGCUUAUUGAUGAUCCUUGAGUCUUCAUCUGCUGAUGCUGUUGCGCCCAUUUUGCUUAAUCUUUCAGUGCGGCUUCGGAAUCUUCAAACAAGCAUGAACGCAAAGAUGCGAGCCAGUUCCUUUGCAGCAUUUGGUGUGCUAAGCAAGUAUGGAACUGAAGCACUAAAUGAGGCAUUUGUUGAGCAGGCUCAUUUCAUGCUGAUGAUUUUUUCUAAAAAGGUACAUGCUGUUGUUCCUCGCUUGAUUCUGCAUCUUCAUGAUGAAGAUGUUAGUGUGCGACAGGCCUGUCGGAAUACCCUAAGACGGGUGUGCCCAUUGAUGGAGAUUGAAGGAUUGCUUGCCCUUCUAAAUACACAUUGUUUCCUUUCUGAUCACCGAAGUGAGUAUGAGGACUUCCUUAGAGACAUUGCGAAACAAUUUACUCAGCAUCUUCCUUCAAGACUUGACACAUAUAUGGCAUCAACAAUACAGGCUUUCGAUGCCUCAUGGCCAAUAAUUCAGGCAAAUGCUAUAUACUUGUGCAGCAGCAUUCUUUCUUUAUCCGACAAUGAGCAUAUUCUAUUUCUCUACCAUACAAAGGUGUUUGGGACGAUGGUGAGCAAAAUGAGUCGGUCACCAGAUGCAAUUGUUAGAGCAACAUGUUCUGCUGCCUUGGGCUUGUUACUAAAAUCCUCCAAUUCAAAUUUAUGGAAAGCGGCUCGUCUUGAACGUAGGGACUCGUUACGGGGUAACCAUGAUCCGGAGUCUCCCAAGAAUUCUCAAGAUGAAAUGCUACUGGGAGUACGAGAUUGAGCGGAUUGGUCUGCUUAUUUCCCCCUUUGGGCUAAUGCUUUUGCUCUCUACUUGACUGGUUUCAUAAGUUAUCUUCUGUCUGGUUUACCCUUCUUUCCUAUUCUCUCGUUGUAUAGUAUGUAUCAUGAUUGGAGUGAAGCACUUGCUAUCAAAUAAUAUCUCUAAUCCUUAAUAUAAGACCUUAUUUGAUUUUUAUUUUG